AUGUCGGACCAUUCGGACCAGCCCUUUGACCCCAAUGCGGGCAUGUUCCUCGCGCCGGUCGAAAACGAAAACACCUUCGCGAAAACACCCGCCAACGUGACCAAUGACUUCAUCGAGGAGGCCAGACAGAACGCCGCCACUGCAGCAGCCGCAGAGUUGUCGGAGGUCAUGUCCGAGGCCAGCAUGGAUCGAAUGCAAGACAACAAGAUCCCGCACUCGAUUCCACCCAGUUCCACCGCCGUAGCAGCUACCACUCUCAAGAAGCGGAAGCGCAUCACCAUAUUCAGAGUCACCAACGCGGACGAGCAGCCUGGAGCCCAAGCGAGUUCAGCGGUGACGACAACGCCGGCUGCCAAUGCCAGCGAGGCACCUUUCAGCAGCCCAAACGCUCUUCCUCCCACUAAGAAGCGGAAGCGUAACUCCACCAAGAAGCAGAUGAAUGCGCGUGUCAUUCCGCGCAGCCUAGAUGAGUGCGACGAUGCUGACAAAGAGCUCAUCACGAUGCGUGAGGCCGGACAUGAGUGGAAGGCCAUUCGCGCUCGAUGGGCAGAAAUGACGGGCGAGACGACCGCCACCUCGACUCUGCCCAAUCGCUAUUCGCGACUCAAGUCAAACUUCACUGUGAUCAAAGAGGAAGACAACGGCCUUCUGAUUGCCGCCAAGCGUGACGUCGAGGAGUCCUUUGAGAACCAAAAGUGGAAUCUCAUCUCUCGAGUGGUCGCCGAGAAGGGAGGGGAGACCUAUGCCGCUAUCGUGUUGAAGCGGCAGUACAAGAAUCUCAUGGUCAACGCAGGAGCCGUUCCUCCUCCUGGUGUUCUCGAUCCGGACUUUACAGUCGAGCUGCCAGAGUCGGAUGGCGAGUAG